GUCGAGAGAGGUCGUGGUGACCGUGUCAGUGAAGCCAGGCUGUGUGGGUUCCCAGCAUGGAUGGCUAUGUGGUCCUGAGAGUGAUCGGAGAGGGCUCCUUCGGCAGAGCCCUUUUGGUUCAGCAAGAAAGCAGUAAUCAGCUGUUUGCCAUGAAGGAAAUAAGGCUUCCCAAGGUCACUGCUGAAGCCAUUAGCUCAUGUUGAAAAUGUAGAUGCAGUUUGCCCCGGAAAAUUAGUUCUGGAGAUUUAACAUGGAAUUGCUCUUUCGUGCAAAAGAUGUAAUGGGUUUAUUCAUUAGCUUUACAAGGUCUUGAUGUAUUUUAUAUGGAUUUUAGGUAAUUUUUGUAAUUAACAAAGAGGGAGAAAAAAUAAUCUAGGUGGCGAUUGCUGUUUAUCUCAAUGAAUAAUUUCCAAUUUUGCAUACCUAAGAGGGAAAGAAGCUUUGCCGGAAGCAGCUCAGGUGCCCUCUUAAUGAAAACAGAGCAUAAAAAAUACAAUGAAGAGCAAAAACAUAACAUGCUAACCUUUGAUAUCAGAGAAGCUAUUUUGUGGAUCAGUUUUGGGUUUUAUUUCCCUGGAAGUCUCUCUCUGGUACACAGAAUUCUAGAAAGGAGGCUGUUCUGUUAGCCAAAAUGAAGCACCCCAAUAUUGUUGCCUUUCAAGAAUCAUUUGAAGCUGAGGGACACCUGUAUAUUGUGAUGGAAUAUUGCGAUGGAGGGGACCUAAUGCAGAAGAUAAAGCAUCAGAAAGGAAAGUUGUUUCCUGAAGAUAUGAUACUUAAUUGGUUCACACAAAUGUGCCUUGGAGUAAAUCACAUUCACAAGAAACGUGUGUUACACAGAGAUAUCAAGUCCAAGAACAUCUUCCUCACCCAAAAUGGAAAAGUAAAACUGGGAGAUUUUGGAUCUGCCCGUCUUCUCUCCAAUCCUAUGGCAUUUGCUUGUACAUAUGUGGGAACACCCUAUUACGUGCCCCCAGAAAUUUGGGAGAACAUGCCUUACAACAAUAAAAGUGACAUCUGGUCCUUGGGAUGCAUUCUCUAUGAGCUCUGUACCCUUAAGCAUCCAUUUCAGGCAAACAGCUGGAAAAGUCUUAUUCUCAAAAUAUGUCAGGGGUCCCUGAGCCCACUGCCAUCUCAGUACUCCUGUGAACUCCAGCUUCUGAUCAAGCAGAUGUUUAAAAGGAAUCCCUCACACCGCCCUUCUGCUACAACACUUCUCUCCAGAGGCUCUUUGGCUCGGCUUGUCCGCAAGUGCUUACCCCCAGAGAUCAUCACAGAAUAUGGCAAUCAGAUAUUAGAAGAAACCAAAAAUUCUAAGCAUAGUACACCAAGGAAAAAAGCAGAUCCCAGCAGAAGCAAGAUAGCUUUGGAAGAUGAGGCAGCCACGAUGCUAGGAGAAGAACAAGAUAGAAAGUAUAGCCACACUGAUUUAGAAAACAUUAAUAAAAAUUCAGAUGAAAGUGCACUGGGGACAUUAAAUAAAGAGAAAGAUAAUAAAUCAGCCCAUCUGAGGAAACCCAGUUCACCAAGUCCUCUCAGGAGACAGUGGGAGAAAAAUGUCCCCAACACAGCUCUCACGGCUCUGGAAACUGCAGCCAUACUCUCCUCCAGCUUAGCAGCCGGGGAUGAGAGAGGUGGUUCCGUAAUAAAGUACAGUGAAAAUAACACCCGUAAGCAGUGGCUCAAAGAGACUCCAGAAACUCUGAUGAACUUCCUGAAGAAUGCGGAUCUCAGCUUGGCCUUUCAAACAUACACAAUAUAUAGACCAGGUUCAGAAGAAUUCUUGAAGGGCCCCCUGUCUGAAGAUACAGAAGCAUCAGACAGUGUGGAUGGUGGUCACGAUUCUGUCAUUUUGGACCCAGAGAGAUUGGAACCUGGACCGGAUGCAGAGGACACGGAUUUUGAGGAGGAUGACGACAGGCCUGACUGGGUGUCAGAACUGAAGCGGCGAGCUGGCUGGCAAGAAGCUUUGGAUGGGUGACGCCCAAGGAAGUGCUCCGUAGUCACAUCAAGUAGAUGUUGAAAAUGAGGAAUUAAUGUUUGGAUAAUAUCAGCUCACAGGAUUUAUAGUUUUCCUUGGACACAGAACGAAGAAGGGGAAACUGUGAAUAUUUAAAAUUGCUCCUGAUUAGUACCACAAGGCUUAAAAAACCUGUAACUCUCAUGAGUUGUUGAACUGAAAGGAGAAGGUGUAGAAGAAUGGCUCUGAACUUCAGGCUUUCAGUCAGAAAAGAAAUCAGAGGCUACUGCUUCCAGUUUGUGUGACUGUGGGAAAUUAUUUGAAGCUCUUUGAGCCCCAGUUUCUGACUCUAAAACUAGGUGAUGAUGCCUUCCUCACAGGGAUGCUAACCAAAGACCUUGGCGGUGGCUCUUCACAUUAUUUCUGCACUGUUACGAUUGGUGCUUAAUUGCUGUGUAACUCUUUUUACAUUUCUGAAAGGCUUGAGGAUAUAAAAUAAAUUUAUUUGGAAUAUAAAAA